CUACGCUGGUUUACAUGUCAGAGAACUUGAGCUGUAGGGAGUGACAGACAGAGGUAGUGAACUUUACAUAGAGCCUGAUCCAUGUCUGUAGUCCAUGCGCUCCCUGUGUGGCAUGCUUCCCUGUGACUUCCUGUAGGAGAGGAAUCUAGGGAAGUUAUCCGUCCGGUCCGCGUGAGGUGCACAGGACCUUUGAGUGACUCCAUAUAUAACAAAGUUGAAACUUGAAUACCAUACAUUCGUCUUUGUCUUCCUGACAGUCCUUGUUGGCAGGAUGAUGGGUCAUGUGUUGUCGUUCGGCCGCUCCCUGGUGAGGAGGAAGGUAGUGGACCUCAACAGUCUGGAGGACUCCAAGCUGUGCCGUUGCCUGGGUACUGUGGACCUCAUUGCCCUGGGCGUAGGCAGCACCCUGGGGGCUGGGGUCUAUGUCCUGGCUGGAGAGGUGGCCAAGGGAAACUCAGGCCCCAGCAUCGUGGUCUCCUUCCUCAUCGCUGCCCUGGCCUCUGUCAUGGCUGGCCUCUGCUACGCUGAGUUUGGAGCCCGUGUGCCCAAGACUGGCUCUGCCUACCUGUACAGCUAUGUAACUGUUGGAGAGCUGUGGGCCUUCAUCACUGGCUGGAACCUCAUCCUCUCCUAUGUGAUAGGCACCUCCAGUGUGGCCAGGGCUUGGAGUGGGACGUUUGAUGAGCUGAUUGGAGGACACAUUGAGACGUUCUGCAAGACCUACUUCAGUAUGAACUCUCCAGGCCUGGCUCAGUACCCAGACUUCUUUGCAGUCUGUCUCAUUCUACUUCUGUCAGGCCUCCUGUCGUUUGGGGUGAAGGAGUCAGCCUGGGUGAACAAGGUCUUCACUGCUGUCAACGUGCUGGUGCUCCUGUUUGUCAUCGUCUCUGGCUUCGUGAAGGGAGACCCACUCAACUGGAAAAUCUCUGAAGAAACUCUCAUCAAUGUCACCAUUGUCAAACGGAACCUGUCUGUGACUGCUAAUGUGACCAGUGAUUAUGGUGCAGGGGGGUUCAUGCCCUUUGGCUUCAGUGGGACCCUGGCUGGAGCUGCCACCUGCUUCUAUGCCUUUGUCGGAUUUGACUGCAUCGCAACAACAGGUGAGGAGGUAAGGAACCCUCAGAAGGCCAUUCCCAUCGGCAUUGUGGUGUCCCUGACGGUGUGCUUCCUGGCAUACUUCGGUGUGUCUGCUGCCCUCACCCUCAUGAUGCCCUACUACCUACUGGAUGAAAAGAGCCCCUUGCCCAUGGCCUUUGAGUACGUGGGCUGGGGCCCGGCUAAAUAUCUGGUGGCUGUGGGGUCACUGUGUGCCCUGUCAACCAGUCUGCUGGGUUCCAUUUUCCCUAUGCCACGUGUAAUCUAUGCUAUGGCAGAGGAUGGGGUGCUUUUCAAAGCCUUAGCCCGAAUCAAUCCUAAGACGAAGACCCCGCUUAUUGCCACAAUGAGCUCCGGUGUAGUUGCAGCGAUCAUGGCUUUCCUGUUUGACCUGAAAGCCUUAGUAGACAUGAUGUCCAUUGGAACCCUCCUGGCCUACUCCCUCGUUGCUGCUUGUGUACUCAUUCUCAGGUACCAGCCGGAUCUGCUCUAUGGAAAGCCAGGGUGUAACAGGGAGAAGGAUGGCCUGACAUCACCGGAAGGGGAGUCAGAGCUGACGGAGUCUGAGUCCCACAUCAACAUGCUGAAGGGAGGAGGUUCCACCCUGCAGACAGUGCUCAAACCUCCACUGGUACCCACCGAACAGUCCUCCUCUGUGGUCAACAUGGCGGUCUGCCUCUUAGUGUUGGUGGUGUGUGUGAUCAGUGCUCUGACCACCUACCAUGGAUAUGCAAUAAUUCGCAUGGAGACCUGGAUCCUGUGUUGUCUGGCCCUGUCCCUGGUGGUCUUCAUUGGCUGUGUGGUUCUCAUCUGUCAACAGCCUCAAACCAGCAGGAAGGUCUCCUUCAUGGUCCCACUCAUCCCAUUUCUCCCCAUCCUGAGUAUAUUUGUCAAUGUUUACCUCAUGGUCCAGCUGAGUGGAGACACCUGGAUACGCUUCUCCAUAUGGAUGGCUGUGGGUUUCCUAAUCUACUUUGGCUACGGAAUGUGGCACAGUGUGGAGCGCCAGCGCAGGCUCCAGGACUCCCUCAGCAGCAGCGCCAAGCAGGAGGAGAAGAAGAAGACCAGCCAGUGUUAAAGACAGACCAGGGAUCCACACAGACUCUAGAAGGUCACCUGGUGACCCCUGCCCCAGCCAGGACACAGACAUGCUAUUCCUAGAUACACUACAGAUUUAGGAUCUUAAUUUGAUCACUUUUGUUGCUGAGGAUAUUCCUGAACCGCAGGAAA